GCUUGGCAAUGAAGGUGGAGGGGGAGGAAAGGGGAAAGAAGGGGUAAACGAGAGCGGUUCGCCGGGCCGCGAAGGAGAGAAUGAGGCCGAUGAGGCUGUGAGGAGUGACUGCCCAGACGGCUUGAUGCCCCUGACUUGCCGCCACCAUGUCGGGGACUGUCAUUAUCCUUCAGCAGUUUGCCAGUGGCCUCAAGAGCCGGAACGAAGAGGUCAGGGCAAAAGCUGCCAAAGAUUUGCAGCAUUAUGUUACCAUGGAGCUCCGCGAGAUGAGCCAAGAAGAAUCUACCCGUUUUUACGAUCAGCUGAAUCACCAUAUCUUCGAGUUGGUCUCUAGUUCAGAUGCAAAUGAGAGAAAAGGAGGCAUUUUGGCCAUAGCAAGCCUAAUUGGAGUUGAGGGAGGCAAUGCUACCCGCAUUGGUAGGUUUGCCAACUACCUAAGGAAUCUCCUUCCUUCCAAUGACCCUGUUGUCAUGGAGAUGGCCUCCAAGGCCAUUGGGCGCCUGGCCAUGGCUGGCGACACCUUUACGGCGGAAUAUGUGGAGUUUGAAGUGAAGCGGGCUUUGGAGUGGCUUGGAGCUGACAGGAAUGAAGGCCGGAGGCAUGCAGCAGUCUUGGUUUUGCGAGAACUGGCAAUCAGCGUCCCGACCUUCUUCUUCCAGCAAGUGCAGCCGUUUUUUGAUAACAUCUUUGUAGCCGUCUGGGAUCCAAAGCAGGCCAUCCGUGAGGGAGCCGUUUCUGCCUUGCGAGCCUGCCUCAUCCUGACUACCCAGCGGGAGUCAAAAGAGAUGCAGAAGCCGCAGUGGUAUCGACAAACAUACGAGGAAGCUGAGAAGGGCUUUGAUGAGACUGUGGCCAAGGAGAAGGGUAUGAACCGGGAUGACCGCAUCCAUGGUGCCUUGCUGAUCCUUAAUGAGCUAGUGAGGAUCAGCAGCAUGGAGGGAGAGCGUCUUAGAGAAGAGAUGGAGGAGAUUACACAACAGCAGAUGGUGCACGACAAAUACUGCAAAGACCUGCUUGGCUUCGGGACCAAACCUCGCCACAUCACCCCCUUUUCCAGCUUCCAGUCGGUACAGCCUCAGCAGUCCAAUGCCUUGGUGGGGCUACUAGGCUACAGCCCCCACCCAGGCUUUGGUGCAUCCCCUGUCCCGCCCAAGUCAACCUUGGUGGAAAGUCGGUGCUGCAGAGAGCUGAUGGAAGAGAAGUUUGACCAGGUGUGCUAUUGGGUUCUGAAGUGCCGGAGCAGCAAGAACUCUCUGAUCCAAAUGACUGUCCUCAGCUUGCUGCCACGGCUGGCUGCGUUUCGCCCUUCUGCUUUCACAGCUGACCACUACCUUCCAGACACCAUGAACCACGUCUUGAGCUGCGUUAAGAAAGAGAAGGAGCGGACUGCAGCGUUCCAGGCCUUGGGUUUACUCUCGGUGGCUGUGCGGUCAGAAUUCCAAGUGUACCUGCCAAAAGUCCUUGAAAUUAUCAAGGCUGCCCUCCCACCAAAGGACCUUACCCACAACAGGAGACAAAAGUCGGUGCAGGUAGAUGCCACUGUUUUUACCUGCAUCAGCAUGCUGGCACGAGCGAUGGGGCCUUCCAUCCAGCAAGACAUCAAGGAGCUUCUGGAACCCAUGCUGGCUGUGGGGCUGAGCCCCGCUCUGACGGCCGUGCUGUAUGACUUGAGUCGCCAGAUCCCGCAGCUGAAGAAGGAGAUCCAAGAUGGCCUGCUGAAGAUGCUCUCUAUGGUCCUAAUGCACAGACCCUUGCGCCACCCGGGGAUGCCAAAAGGCCUGGCCCACCAGCUGGCUUCUCCCAGCCUCACCAAUAUUCCCGAGACCAAUGACGUGGGCAGCACCACCCUUGCGCUCCGCACCCUGGGCAGCUUUGAGUUUGAAGGGCAUUCACUGACUCAAUUUGUCCGGCACUGUGCAGACCACUUCCUCAAUAGUGAGCACAAGGAGGUCCGGAUGGAGGCAGCUCGCACAUGUUCGCGCUUGCUCACGCCGUCCAUUCACUUAAUCAGUGGGCACACCCACGUCGUGAGCCAGACUGCUGUGCAGGUGGUGGCAGAUGUCCUCAGCAAACUGUUGGUGGUUGGGAUCACAGAUCCAGACCCUGACAUCAGGUACUGCGUGCUGGCGUCCCUGGACGAGCGAUUUGACGCGCACCUGGCGCAGGCAGAGAACUUGCAGGCUCUCUUUGUAGCCCUGAACGACCAGGUGUUUGAAAUCCGGGAGCUGGCCAUCUGCACCGUGGGCCGGCUGAGCAGCAUGAACCCUGCUUUCGUCAUGCCUUUCCUACGGAAGAUGCUAAUUCAGAUUCUGACGGAGCUGGAGCAUAGCGGCGUUGGCAGGAUCAAAGAGCAGAGUGCCAGGAUGUUGGGGCACCUGGUCUCCAAUGCCCCACGACUUAUCCGGCCUUAUAUGGAACCCAUCCUUAAGGCAUUGAUUGUGAAACUGAAAGACCCUGAUCCCGAUCCCAACCCUGGGGUAAUCAAUAACGUCCUGGCUACUAUUGGUGAACUGGCACAGGUGAGCGGGCUGGAGAUGAGGAAGUGGGUGGAUGAGCUUUUCAUCAUAAUCAUGGACAUGCUCCAGGACUCAUCCUUACUUGCUAAGAGACAGGUGGCUCUCUGGACACUGGGUCAGUUGGUGGCCAGCACUGGCUAUGUGGUGGAACCUUAUAGGAAAUACCCAACUCUCCUGGAGGUGUUGCUGAACUUCCUGAAGACAGAGCAGAACCAGGGCACCCGGAGAGAGGCUAUCCGUGUCCUUGGUCUCCUGGGGGCUCUAGAUCCAUACAAGCAUAAAGUGAACAUUGGCAUGAUAGACCAGUCACGGGAUGCUUCUGCUGUCAGUCUGUCAGAGUCUAAAUCAAGCCAAGAUUCUUCUGAUUAUAGCACCAGCGAGAUGUUGGUCAACAUGGGCAACCUCCCGCUAGACGAGUUCUACCCCGCCGUCUCCAUGGUAGCACUCAUGAGGAUCUUCCGGGACCAGUCCUUGUCUCACCACCACACGAUGGUGGUCCAAGCCAUCACUUUUAUUUUCAAAUCUCUGGGGCUCAAGUGUGUGCAGUUCCUGCCUCAGGUCAUGCCAACCUUCCUCAACGUCAUUCGGGUUUGUGACGGUGCCAUCCGCGAGGUAAAAGAAGAUGGUGAAAGUGUACUGGGGAGAAGAGCUGAGUUCCUGUUCCAGCAGCUGGGAAUGUUGGUGUCUUUUGUGAGAAGCCAUAUCCGGCCCUACAUGGACGAAAUUGUCACCCUGAUGAGAGAUUUCUGGGUUGUAAACAACUCGAUACAGAGCACCAUUAUACUCCUCAUUGAGCAAAUCGUGGUGGCCUUAGGUGGGGAGUUCAAGCUGUACCUUCCCCAGCUCAUCCCUCACAUGCUGCGGGUCUUCAUGCACCACAGCAGCAGCAGCCGCAGUGUCUCCACCAAGCUUUUGAAUGCCAUCCAGCUGUUUGGGGCCAAUCUGGACGAUUACCUGCAUUUAUUACUACCUCCCAUUGUAAAGCUCUUUGAUGCCCCAGAUGCCCCACUGUUGGCUCGCAAAGCUGCCUUAGAAACUGUGGAUCGCCUGACAGAGUCUCUGGAUUUCACCGAUUAUGCCUCACGGAUUAUCCAUCCCAUAGUUCGGACUCUAGACCAGAGCCCAGAGCUUCGGACAACUGCCAUGGACACACUGUCAUCACUGGUCUUCCAGUUAGGGAAGAAGUAUCAAAUUUUUAUCCCAAUGGUGAACAAAGUGUUGGUGCGCCACAGGAUAAACCACCAGCGGUAUGAUGUCCUCAUCUGCAGGAUUGUGAAGGGCUACACCCUAGCUGAUGAAGAAGAAGAUCCCCUGAUCUACCAGCACCGCAUGCAAAGGAGCAACCAAGGAGAGGCCCUAGCCAGUGGCCCUGUGGAAACAGGUCCCAUGAAGAAACUGCAUGUCAGCACCAUCAAUUUGCAGAAGGCCUGGGGAGCAGCGCGUAGAGUUUCCAAGGACGACUGGCUGGAGUGGCUGCGGCGGCUGAGCUUGGAGCUGCUGAAGGAUUCCUCGUCGCCAUCUCUGCGCUCCUGCUGGGCCUUGGCCCAGGCCUACAACCCUAUGGCCAGAGAUCUCUUUAAUGCUGCUUUUGUUUCAUGCUGGUCUGAACUCAACGAAGACCAGCAGGAUGAGCUGAUCCGCAGCAUUGAGUUGGCACUGACUUCUCAAGAUAUCGCAGAGGUCACCCAGACCCUGCUGAAUUUGGCAGAAUUCAUGGAGCACAGUGACAAGGGGCCGUUGCCGUUGGGAGAUGAUAAUGGCAUUGUCUUGUUGGGGGAGCGGGCUGCCAAAUGCCGGGCAUAUGCCAAGGCACUGCACUACAAAGAGUUGGAGUUCCAGAAGGGGCCUACCCCAGCGAUCCUGGAGUCUCUCAUCAGUAUUAACAAUAAACUGCAGCAACCGGAGGCAGCAGCUGGGGUGCUCGAAUAUGCCAUGAAACACUUUGGGGAGCUGGAAAUCCAGGCUACCUGGUAUGAGAAGCUGCACGAAUGGGAAGAUGCUCUAGUGGCCUAUGACAAAAAGAUGGACACCAACAAGGAUGACCCAGAACUGAUGCUGGGGCGCAUGCGCUGCCUGGAAGCCCUGGGGGAAUGGGGACAGCUCCACCAGCAGUGCUGUGAGAAAUGGACCUUGGUGAAUGACGAAACUCAAGCAAAGAUGGCGAGAAUGGCAGCCGCUGCCGCUUGGGGUUUAGGUCAGUGGGAUAGCAUGGAGGAGUACACCUGCAUGAUCCCAAGGGACACCCAUGACGGUGCCUUCUAUCGAGCUGUGCUGGCCUUGCAUCAGGACCUCUUUUCAUUGGCUCAGCAGUGCAUUGAUAAAGCCCGAGACCUGCUAGAUGCUGAGCUGACGGCUAUGGCAGGAGAGAGUUACAGUCGUGCCUAUGGGGCGAUGGUGUCCUGCCAGAUGCUUUCAGAGCUGGAAGAAGUCAUCCAGUAUAAACUGGUACCGGAACGACGUGAGAUCAUUCGCCAGAUCUGGUGGGAGCGACUACAGGGCUGCCAGCGGAUCGUUGAGGACUGGCAAAGGAUACUUAUGGUUCGGUCUCUUGUUGUCAGCCCCCACGAGGACAUGAGGACUUGGCUCAAAUACGCCAGCUUGUGUGGCAAGAGUGGAAGGCUGGCUUUGGCUCAUAAGACCCUUGUGUUGCUCCUGGGGGUUGACCCGUCCCGGCAGCUGGAUCACCCGUUGCCAACUGUUCAUCCUCAAGUGACCUACGCGUACAUGAAGCACAUGUGGAAAAGUGCCCGCAAGAUCGACGCCUUUCAGCACAUGCAGCACUUUGUUCAGACGAUGCAGCAGCAGGCCCAGCAUGCCAUCGCCACCGAAGACCAGCAGCACAGGCAGGAGCUGCACAAGCUUAUGGCACGGUGUUUCCUGAAACUGGGCGAGUGGCAGCUUAACCUGCAAGGCAUCAACGAGAGCACCAUCCCCAAGGUCCUGCAGUACUACAGCGCCUCUACAGAGCACGACCGCAAUUGGUACAAAGCUUGGCACGCCUGGGCAGUCAUGAACUUCGAGGCUGUCCUUCACUACAAGCAUCAGAACCAAGCCAGGGAUGAGAAGAAGAAGCUUCGCCAUGCCAGUGGGGCCAGCAUCACCAGCGCCAACACAGAGGGCAGCAACAGCGAGAGCGAGGCGGAAAGCGCCGAGAACAGCCCUGUCCCAUCUCCUGUGCAGAAGAAAGUCAUGGAGGACUUGUCCAAAACGCUCCUGAUGUACACUGUUCCAGCUGUGCAGGGCUUCUUCCGUUCUAUCUCUUUGUCCCGAGGAAACAAUUUGCAGGAUACUCUCAGAGUUCUUACUCUGUGGUUUGACUACGGCCACUGGCCAGAAGUAAAUGAAGCAUUGGUAGAAGGGGUCAAGGCAAUCCAGAUAGAUACCUGGUUACAGGUUAUUCCUCAGCUCAUUGCUAGAAUUGAUACUCCUCGUCCUUUGGUGGGCCGACUUAUUUACCAGCUUCUCACAGACAUCGGCAGGUACCACCCGCAGGCUUUGAUCUACCCAUUGACUGUCGCUUCAAAAUCGACCACAACAGCCCGUCACAAUGCCGCCAACAAAAUCUUGAAGAAUAUGUGCGAACACAGCAACACGCUAGUCCAGCAAGCCAUGAUGGUGAGCGAAGAACUCAUCCGUGUGGCCAUCCUCUGGCAUGAGAUGUGGCACGAAGGGCUGGAAGAGGCAUCCCGCCUCUAUUUCGGAGAGAGGAACGUCAAGGGAAUGUUGGAGGUGCUGGAGCCCCUGCACGCCAUGAUGGAGCGUGGACCACAGACCCUGAAGGAAACCUCCUUCAACCAGGCUUAUGGUAGAGAUCUGAUGGAGGCGCAGGAGUGGUGCAGGAAAUACAUGAAAUCAGGAAACGUCAAGGACCUCACCCAAGCCUGGGAUCUCUAUUACCAUGUGUUCAGGCGUAUCUCAAAGCAGCUGCCUCAGCUGACUUCCUUGGAGCUCCAGUACGUUUCACCCAAACUCCUGAUGUGCCGAGAUUUGGAGCUGGCAGUCCCGGGGACGUAUGACCCCAACCAGCAAAUCAUCCGCAUUCAGUCCAUUGCUCCGUCACUGCAAGUCAUCACAUCCAAACAGAGACCAAGGAAAUUAACAUUAAUGGGAAGCAACGGACAUGAAUUCGUGUUUCUUCUGAAGGGCCAUGAGGAUCUGCGUCAGGAUGAAAGAGUGAUGCAACUUUUUGGCCUUGUGAACACCCUGUUAGCCAACGACCCAACAUCCCUCCGUAAAAACCUCAGCAUCCAAAGAUACGCCGUUAUCCCACUUUCUACAAACUCUGGGCUUAUAGGCUGGGUUCCCCACUGUGACACUCUGCACGCACUCAUCCGCGACUACAGAGAAAAAAAGAAAAUUCUGCUCAACAUUGAACACCGCAUCAUGCUGAGGAUGGCUCCUGAUUACGAUCACCUCACUCUGAUGCAGAAGGUGGAGGUGUUUGAACAUGCUGUAAAUAAUACUGCUGGGGAUGAUCUCGCCAAACUUCUGUGGCUGAAGAGUCCCAGCUCUGAGGUGUGGUUUGACAGAAGAACAAAUUAUACUCGAUCAUUAGCAGUGAUGUCAAUGGUCGGUUACAUUUUGGGCCUUGGUGACAGGCAUCCCUCCAACCUUAUGCUUGACAGACUAAGUGGCAAGAUUCUGCACAUUGACUUUGGAGACUGUUUUGAGGUGGCAAUGACCAGAGAGAAGUUCCCCGAGAAGAUUCCUUUCAGGCUAACAAGGAUGUUGACGAAUGCCAUGGAGGUGACUGGCUUAGAUGGAAACUACAGAAUCACUUGCCACACAGUCAUGGAGGUCCUGCGAGAGCACAAGGACAGUGUCAUGGCUGUGCUGGAAGCCUUUGUCUAUGACCCCUUGCUUAACUGGAGACUGAUGGACACAAACACAAAAGGCAAUAAGCGAUCACGGACACGGACAGACUCCUACUCUGCUGGCCAGUCAGUCGAAAUGCUGGACAGUGUCGAGCUUGGUGAAACUGCCCACAAGAAAGCUGGGACCACAGUGCCUGAAUCCAUCCAUUCCUUCAUAGGAGAUGGUCUUGUGAAACCAGAGGCUCUGAAUAAAAAGGCUAUACAGAUUAUCAACAGAGUCCGUGAUAAACUCACUGGACGAGACUUUUCUCAUGACGAAACACUGGAUGUGCCCACCCAAGUAGAACUCCUAAUUAAACAGGCUACCUCCCACGAGAACCUUUGCCAGUGCUACAUCGGAUGGUGCCCUUUUUGGUAACAGAAGACUUGUGAGGAAUCAUCCACAGCCUUCUAGAGGCUUUUCUCACUCCAAACAUGUUUCUUCUCAGAAGUGAGAAGGGAAUGAGGAUGUUGGAGGUAGGGUGAGGGUAGGAAUUGCCUUUUGUCAAAUAUGUUGAACUGUAAAUAAGAACUUCUCUGUAUAUUAAAAGUUGUUUUAAGGUGAUUUACAGCUGCUGGUGUGUGUGGGAUGAGGGGGUGGGCAGGUCCAUAAUAAAUCACAGUGGAGGUUCCAGAGUGGUUUAAAACAAAACUGAUACUGACCAGACACUGGCUAAUUUAGUCGCUGGGGGACGACUCAGCAAAAAUGGUGACAGACCAUAUUUUCAAGAUACAGAAAGCAUGACCCAGUAACAUGGUCAAGUGGUAGUGAAUUCACUUCCAUGACCUAAGUGACCUUGAUUAGGUUUUGCAAAGGCACAGUGGCCUCUGAGGAAUUGCAGUCUGUUACUCUUAGCUUGGCAUACCUGACCUGUCUCAAAACAUGACCCAAAACAGAUGGUGACUGACACUUGUGGUGGAAGACACAAUUAUAGCAUUUUUCUGACUAAACCUGCAUGGAAAAAAUUAUCAAAGGCUCUAUAGGAGCAGAACAUCAUAGUAGGAAAGGGAUAUUGUAAAAUACAAGUUCGUACCUCUGGGGAGUCUUCCACGCUGGCACUGAGCAAAGAGAGAGAAGUUAGUGGGACGCAUCAGUGCUGAGCCUAAAACCAUUCACAGUCCUGGAAGAGGAAAACUGGGUGCUUAAAAACACUAGAGCGGAAGCCUAAUGCCAGGAAUUUAUUAAUGAAACAAAUAUAAAGCAAAAUACACAACAAAAGUGUACUAUUGUUUAGAUGCCAUGUUGUAGUUGGAUAUUUUUGUGCCAAUAAAGUACGCCAAACUGUGUGAAGCUG